UAUAAAAUCUUAGAUAAAUUUCCACGUUAGUUUUUUCCCAUUGUUAACCAGUGUGAUAUUCGUUAGUUUUCUUCCAUAUUAUUUAUUAACCAUGGAAGUUCUGUUAUUCGUGAGUUCGACUACGUAUUACCUGCUUAUAUGUUCGAUUGCCGCGUUUUUGUUGCUGCUUCUCGAUUCGCGACGAAAAAGCAAAGCUAAGUUCAGUGCGUCUACAGGGCUCGAGCUACCGGGGCCAACCCCAUGGCCAAUAAUCGGAUCACUACAUUUGAUGGGCAGCUACGACGUCCCAUACAAAGCUUUCGGUGCACUUGCUGAGAAAUAUGGGCAAGUCUACAAGUUACAACUCGGAAAUCUGCCAUGCGUUGUUGUAAAUGGAUUGGAUAACAUUCGUGAAGUGCUCAUGUCAAAGGCUCAAUUCUUCGACGCCAGGCCCAACUUCAAGCGAUACAACGAUUUGUUUGCUGGAGACAAAGCUAACUCACUUGCCUUCAGCGACUGGUCCGACGCUCAAAAAGUCAAGCGCGAAAUGCUUAGAGCUCACACCUUCCCCCGAGCUUUCUCUGCCCGCUUCCACGAACUUGACACCUACAUGAACAUCGAGCUUAAUGACCUAACUGAUGUUUUGAAAACUAAUGAAGGAAGUCCUGUUGCUCUCAAACCUCUUCUGCUCCACUCUUGCGCAAACAUCUUCACCUCCUACUUCACCGGUCAUCGAUUUGAACGUGACCACCCUCGCUACGCAGAGAUUCUUGAAAGCUAUGAUGAGAUCUUUUAUGAAGUCAACCAAGGUUACGCUGCUGAUUUCCUUCCCUGGCUCAUGCCACUACAUACGUCUAAGAUCUCUCGUAUGACAGAACAUGCACACAAAGUGAGAGACUUUGUUGUCAAGGAAAUCCUCGCCGAUAAGCUUGCAGCAUGGACUCCAGGUCAAACACAGCUGGAUUACGUUGACUCAUUAAUUGAACACGUUAAAAGCGAAGUUGAGCCCAAACUGUCGAUGGAUUCUGCAUUGUUUGCACUGGAGGACAUUAUUGGAGGACACGGAGCAGUAGCUAAUUUCUUAUUAAAAGUCCUGUCGUACGUUGUUACAAGACCAGAUGUCCAGAGAAAAAUACAGGAGGAAGUUGAUGCUGUGACAGAAAACGGACGGGAGAUUUCUUUGGCUGAUAGGACCUUCAUGCCUUACACUGAAGCUGUCAUCUUGGAGGCUGUCAGAAUCAUUGCCUCUCCAAUUGUACCACACGUCGCCAGUCAGGAUGGAAUUAUCUCAGGAUUCAAAGUUGAGAAAGGCUCUAUGAUCUUCCUAAAUAACUACGACCUUAACAUGAAUCCGAAACUGUGGGAUUCACCGGAGGAAUUCCGUCCAGAAAGAUUCAUCUCACCUGAAGGCAGACUCCUCAAACCUGAGUUCUUCCUACCUUUUAGCUGUGGUCGCCGAUCCUGCAUGGGCUACAAAAUAGUACAAUUCGUCUGUUUUGGCACUCUGGCAACAAUCUGUCAACGAUUUAACAUACACCCUGUCUCAGGUGAAAGCUACAAAGUUCCCAUCACAAAUCUAGCACUACCGUACAAAACUUUCAACCUGAGAUUUGAAUCUCGUAAAGUUUGAACAGUUCUGAUGGUUUAAUUAUUUAUGUCAGUCAAUUUAUUUAUGUGUACAAAAUUAGGAAGUUUAUUUAAAUUGAAAUUAGGUAUUUUUAAAAUUACAGACUGAAUAUUCUUUAGAUUUCAAAUUUACGUGUUCAAGAUAACGAAUGUGAGAUGUGACAUUGGUAGCUGACAAUAGGAUUAGAAAAAUUUGAUAAAGGAAAAAAACUAAAUUCAAACAUACAAACAAGAUAAAUUAUGAUGGUUAGAGAUUUGUGACUCAAUUUUCACAUGUUCAUGCACUGAAAAUUGACAAAGUUUAAAUCACCCUUAAAAGGAAAAAAAAUGAGUUGAACUUGUGUGUAUUACUGAACUGCACAGUUCAUAUAAAAAGGAACAGGAUGUGUACAAUUGCGUCACAAAUUUUUAAGUAUCUAUAUAUUCUGUUUGGGUGAUCCCCUUUGAGUGAUAAGUUCCUUUUUCUCAAUGUUUUAGACCAUAUUUAACUGUAGUAUUAUGGUCUAAAAUGUCAGUAUAAUUAUGAUUUCCAGAACACAAAAUUCUUCGCUAAUCCUAAAAAUGUUUUUAGCCUCAUUGACCUCUUUUUUUUCAAAGGGUGAAAGUUUUAUUUUGAAGGGUUAUUUUCUUUUUCUUCUUAUUCUUUCACUUUUUCUUGAAAGACUAAAAUCUCAAGAUCAUCGAAUAGGUGCUUGUGUAAAUGAAGAAUUUUUUAAGUAACAGUAAAAUACGUAAAGAAAGAGGUCAAUCAGUUGAAUUACAAGGAUUAAGUGGUAAAAUUUUAUUGUUGAAUUUUUAGAAACGAAUUUUUGUCUUCUGAUAUUAACAAUUUAGAAAGUACAAAAAUUUAUUUUGAAUAGGGGAAAAACCAUACUGGUAGCAAAAAAAGUAUGGGCCAUAACUGACACAAUGGCUCUAAACCCGUUUGUAAGAAACCAAAGAAUUAAAUUUAAAGUAGGGAAAAAAGGCUGUGAAAGACAAAUCUGUAAAUUUUGUACAUACUGUUAAAAUAUUUAAGAGACUUGAUUUUAGUAUAACUUAUUGUUGGAACAAUUUUGAAAUGUUUGUACUGACACAAAAGACUUUAAAAAUAGUUAUGUAAAUAUGUAAUGAAAAUUUAAUAAAAACUAAGUUAUUUGAAUCGUUACCUAGACUCCUACAUUAAUUUCUCCUUAAGAUGUAUUACAAGAACAUUUUAAAUUAAUAUGAUUGGACACAUAGCAAUCCUUAGAAUGAGCUGAGAUGAUCUUGACAUCUUUUUCCUCUCUUCAUGAAUAUGUUUCAGCUGAUUAAAUAGAAUUCAAUUUCAAGCAGCAGCAUUUCAUUGGCGAAAUUUAUAACUAUUUUUCUAAUUGAAGAGCACACGUGAAAGGAGGAAAAAUUAUUCCUAUCAUUUUAUUUUUCAUUUGUAAGCAUAAUAGAGCAUAAUAGCAAGUAUACUUUAAAAAACUACUGAAAAAUAUCAAAAUCCAAAAAUUGCUCAUGGAUCAGAAAAUAAGUCUGCAACAUCAGACCAAACAAAAAGCUAUGAUAAACCUGUAGAGAAGAAUGGUAUUGAGGAUUUAACUUGAAUUGGUACUGCAAAAUUAACUGAGCACUUUAACUGAAAAACGAAAAACGAUUAAACUUUUGUUUUUGACUUAUUGAGCAAUGUUAUUUACAAAACGAUAUGAUUAAACAAACGAACGAUUUUCAAACCAUAAAAAACAAUUCAUGAUUUGACGCAAUUACACCUCAAAUUCAAAUUCUAUCACUCAGGUUCAAAGUAGAAACCAAUUAGAAAAAAAAGGAGAAGCGAUAAGAACCAUACCAGGAACUUUAAAAGACUGAGUUGUUAUUUUUCUCUUCAUUAGUAGUACACAAUUAUAAAAUCAGGUCCUGCAUAUUGAACUAGGGCAAAGGAUACUAUCCAAAAUUUGCACCAAAUUUAGAUAGAAUUUGGCAAAAAAGAUCAAUUUCUUUUCAACCCUAAAAAUCAUGGAAGUGAAAUAGAGGAUAUUGAAAAGACAAAAAGUGAUGUUCAGGAAGAAGUGACAGGUGAUUUGCAUUUAGUUCACCUCAGGCGAGAAAAAUUGCCUAGAAGACAAAUUGCUGACCUUGAAAAUAUAAUACCUAAAAUACGAGAAUAGAGAGUAGCUACUCUGGAGAGGAAUAGAUGGAGCAGGUGAUGGAUCAUCCUAGCGCUGAAAAGGAAGAGAUUGAUAAAUGAUAUUGCCAAUGUGGCGGAAUAUUUUAUAAGUUCCUGGAUUCAUCCAUACAAAAUUUUGCCAAUUUGCGCUCUACAAGGCAACAACUCCAAAGAUGGUAAAAUAGGACACAAAUCUUGGCACGAUAAAAAAUCAUGGUGAAAAAAGCUAAGAGAAAAGAGCAUGAGAACACAAGGUAGCAUGCGUUGGCUCUGUUACUAUUAAUGAAUAUGAAACUAUCCACCGACAAUCAAGAAUUCCUUCAGAUUCAGGAAAAUCAGUCGCACCUAGUUGUUAGUAAUCAGCUGAUUUAGAGAACUCAUGAUAUAAUUUGACAACAAUUUUCAUAGAGUCAAGCGACUUGAUCCUAAUUCUUGGGAUUUAGAAAAAAAGUUGCUAAUUGAUGGGAAACCUUUGACGAACGCAUUAUUACACAGACACACCUGCCUUGUUGCAAAAGGCAAUUAUUUCUUAAAGACUGGUUGAUUAAAAAGAUUUCAUCGGUACGUUCAUUUCGAAUCAGAAUCUUCAGAAUUAAGCGGCAGUAUUCGAGUAUGACAGGCACCAUACGCAAACGCGCCUAAAUAUUUCUCAUUGGCACCUAAAUUAUAGAAAUGCCAAAGUUUGCACCUGAAUAUUCGCGGUCAGCUAUCUAUACAACACAGGAACCUGAAAAAACUUUUUUGAUUGAUACUAUUAUCUAUUGGGAACCCUUUAAAAAGGGAGAGUUAUUAAGUUAAUUGAGUAAGAAAAAAAUAGCAAAAUAUGUAAUCAUUUCGAAAGAGUCCAAUGCUAAAGUGCCAAGAGACAUCCAG